GACAAUGUUCACGCGAGCGAAAAUGAGACAAUCGAAACGCCUCGAUACGGACUAUUUCAAGGCGGACGUGAAACGGCUAACGAGAAGCAAGCACUGCACACAUAGACCAUGAGCCUAAGGUUCAUGCAGACCUACUACUGUAAACGGCCUAUUGGGUUAGAUAGUCUAGACUCUAUAUAUAGCCAGGAUCAAGUGGUGCAAGGGACUGUAGACCUAUAAUUUAAUUAAACGAGCUAAUAGCUGUGGUGAAAACUGGUGAUAUAACACAAACAUGCAAGACGUUUCAAAUCCAUUUGAUGACAGUGAUGCUGUCCACAAGCUUGGUCCGUUGGCGGAGCGGUCGUCCGGUUAUAAGGACUGGCUGCUAGGAGUUUUGCAGGGUCAAAAAUGUCAUCGCGUCCUUGACGUAGCCUGCGGAACAGGUGUGGACUCUUUAUUUCUGCUCAAGCAUGGAAUGGAGGUUGUUAGCUGUGACGAUGCUGAAGCGAUGCUUUCCUACGCCAGAGCUGAAAAAGAUCGUCUUGGACUUAAAGACUGGGAGGUAAAGCGGGCUAACUGGCUGACCUUACCGGAAGAUAUCCCGGAGCAAGGUGAAUUUGACGCCGUACUCUGCUUGGGAAGCUCGAUUUUACACCUCAUUGAUAAACUGCCUGAGCUCGCCCUCUAUCGGAAAUGUUUGACCAACUUCAAGAAGUUUCUUAAACCUGGUGGCUUGCUGCUGAUCGAUCACAGGAACAUAGAUUCUAUGCUAGAUCGAGGGAUUGUCGUGAAUAAGAACGUUUAUCAUGCGGAGGACACACUACCCGGCGUAAGUACGAAAACUAUCACCGAAGAGGGCGUCACAUUGCGAGUCGAUAUUAUUUACGAUAUGCUGAUGAAAGAGGGAGAUGCUGCUACCAACAACGACAAAAUAGAAAAGGUAAUCAUGCCGUUAGCACCGAUCCACGUUCACAAGUUUACCACGUUACUCAAGGAGAUGUUUGGACCGAAAUGCGAAUACACCCUGUACGGCGAUCUGCAACGAUUGGAGAACGGGAACACAGAAGAUGUAGCCUAUUUUCAACACAUUGUACACGAAUAGACUAGUUUAAACGUAGUACAUUUACAAGUGACCCCAAAAUAUCCACAAUAUAAUUUUUGUUAAACAUGGAAAAGUCCUGCUCUGUACAUUUCAGAAUAAUCACUGCCAAAAUGAUGGGGGUGCUGCAUGAAUCAUUUAUUUUUGUUUGCCCACUAAUCCUUUCAUCUGUGUAUCAAAAAUAUACUGUCGAUGAAUUAACGAUUAAAAAAAAAAACCUAUCACGAACAUACACGUAGCAUCCUUCUCAAUGCGUUGUAUAACUUGAUACAAUAGACCUUUAUCUGCCCAUGUGCAUAUACAGUCAAAACUGCCUAUAGCGACCAAGCAAGGAAAACACAAAAAGUUGCCUUUGUAGACAGGUGGUCUUUGUAGACAGGUUCCCUUAGUACAUGAUUCAAGGAGAAACCAUUUUCAAGGGAAACAUCAAAUGUGGCCUUUGUAGACAGGUGGUCACUAAAACAGGUUUGACUGUAUUAUAAGUUUCAUUAAAAUUAUAUUAUAUAAAUGUAAUGACGAUGGGGUUCGUCGCAGUAGAUCGACAGCCCCAUGAAACCGAUUGCAAUGGCAAAAGUUCCACGAGGCGGACGGCCCGAGUUUUAAAAUAAAAUUUGUGACUAGAAAAGUUCCAAAAAGAUCCAGAAGAUCGCAACAGCCCAGGAGACGAUCAGGGAAGCGGUACUACAACGUCUUGUACUCCUACUCAAACUAAUACUAUUUCAACUACUUGUACUACUGCUACUACAACUAAGAAGAAGAAGAAGAAAAGAGAAAAAUGAAGAAGAACGAGAAGAGAAAGAAGAGGGGAAGGCGGCGGGGAAGCAAAAAUGUCAUCAAAGUUCCUACUCUCAUUUCUUCUUUACUACUCUCUACUAAAAAAAUUAGGUUACACCAUUAAUCCGUUGUACUGAAGUGUCGUCGAAAAUAUUUAUUAUGAUUUCAUAUGAAAUCAGGAUUUUUAUAUUUUGUAAUACAAAUAUCUUGUAACUAUAUGAAUGUACUGAUAAUGAUUGUUUUAUUUAUGUGGCUGCAUCCACGAUAAACAUACACGUGGCCACAUCCACAAUAAACAUACAGGGUGCACAUGUAUUUAGAAAUACAUAGAUGUCGUAUAUUUUAGAGUGUUCCAGAUACACAAUAUCUGUUGGUAAAUGUAUUUAUACAUGCAUUGAAUCAAUUUUUAAUAUUUAAAACGUACUAAUAAAUGACAGUGCAAAGAACAAUGUA